AUGAGGUCUAGUUCCCUCACUACAGCACGCGACGAGACGAAAAUUCAAAAGCAAAUCGUUUGCAAUAGAGAGGGAUUUAAGCAUACGGGUGCUCAACAUUGUCACUCAAAACCAACUGCAGAUGCAGGGGAAGGUCCUUCGCAUCCAAAGCGGCAGAGGGUUUCAAAUAGAACUGGUUGCAGAGCUAGGAUUAUUUUUAAGUACAUUGGAGCAGCUGGAUACCAAGUUAAGACAUUUAUUGAACAACACAAUCACAACAUGUCUUCUGUUCUUGCAAGGCAGUUCCUAAAGGGAAAUAGAAACAUCUCCAGUGUUCAUCAGAAGUUUAUACUAGAUUGUGCUAAGGCAAAUAUUGGAGCAUCAAAAUCACACGGUUUAUACAUUCAGAUUGUGGGGGAUUGCUCUGAAGUUGGGGCAACUGUAGUGGACUUUAAAAAUGUCAGAAGGGAUCUCAGAGCAUACAUAUUGGGUGCUUAUGCACAAAUACUCGUGCAUAAUCUUAUUAAAAAACAAGAGAUGUGCCCUGCAUUUGCUUUUGACUACGAAGUUGAUGAAGAUGAGCAGAUGAGUAGACUGUUUUGGGCAGAUCCAAUGUCAAAAAAGAAUUUUGCUGCAUUUGGAGAUGUUGUCUCUUUUGAUGCCACAUAUUCAACCAACAGGUACGAUCUGGCAAUGGGUAUGGAACCAAGAAUAAUUGUCACUAAUCAAGAUCCAGCUAUGAAAGUGGCGAUUCCAAGAGUUUUCAAGCAAGCCAGGCAUCGCUACUGCAUGUGGCACAUUAUGUGUAAAGUUGGGGAAAAGGCGGGUCCUACGUUGAACAAGAAUGAGGAGUUCAAGAACAAACUGAACUCAAUCAUUUGGACAUCAUGUUUGGAACCUCCUGAUUUUGAGAAACGAGAGAGCUCAUGGAAAAGUACAACUUAG